AUGGCUCUGUCCCUGUCCGGCGAGUCGGUCCCCGGAGACGGCGGAGACGCGCUCGGGAUGAGCCCUAGCCUCCCCUCCUACUACCCCUCUUUCCUCCCUCCCGCCCAGUACUUCGAGGCGGCUCCUGACUUUUACCAGCCCCUGAAACCCCUGGGCGGACUGGUUCCCUCCUCCCCACCUCUACCCUCCUUCACCUUCAGCAGGGUCCCCGCUUUCCUGACCCAGCCUCCUCCCCUGCCCGCCGAACCUUUCCCCAGCCUCCCCUUGCCCCUCUACACCAAGCUGCCGGUUGCUUUCCCUCCCAGCGAGGGCUCGGCCCGCGGAACUGGGCCCUUGGGAUCCCCCUCUCCGCCCUAUCCGAGCCCCCCGCACAGGACUGCCCGCAGCCCGGGGGCCGACGGGGCGGCGGGGCAGAGCUACAGGUACCACUUCACCGAGGAGGAGCUCAACGCGGUGCUGUACGGGGCGCUCCGGAGCAGCCAGCCGACUGGGAGCCUCCACGCCAUCUCGGGGCUCCGGGUGUCCCCCGCCAGCUCAGGCGCUGCGGACUCCUCUGCCCCGCUGCUCGACCGGGACUCGCUGCAGUUACCCGAAGGACUCUCGGUGCUGCGGGUGGCCUACGGGGACGUGUCUCACCUUGGAGUCUUCUGCACGGAUCCCAUCCCCAAAGGAGUCCGCUUCGGCCCUUUCCAAGGCAAAGUGGUCAACACUAGCGAGAUCAAGACUUACGACGACAACUCGCUGAUGUGGGAGAUCUUUGAAUACGGUCGCUUGAGCCACUUCAUAGACGGGAAGGGCGCCGCUGGCAACUGGAUGUCUCUGGUGAACUGUGCCAGGUUCCCCGAGGAGCAGAAUUUGACAGCUAUCCAGUGCCAGGGGGAAAUCUUCUACGAGACCUGCAAGGAAAUCUUCCCUAAGCAGGAGCUGCUGGUGUGGUACGGUGAUUGCUACGUGCAGUUCCUGGGCAUCCCCAUCAGCUUGAAGGCCAUGUCGGAAGGGAAGAAGCCUCCGCAGCACCCCGAAGAAGCCGGGGAGAGCUUCAAGUGUGAGCGCUGCGGCAAGGUUUUUGCCUACAAGUACUAUCGGGACAAACACCUCAAGUACACUCGCUGUGUGGACCAGGGGGACCGCAAAUUUCCUUGUCACCUCUGUGACCGAUCCUUUGAAAAAAGAGACCGGCUGAGAAUACAUAUUCUACACGUUCACGAAAAGCACAGACCUCACAAGUGCUCUGUGUGUGGGAAGAGCUUUUCUCAGUCCUCCAGCUUGAACAAACACAUGAGGGUUCACUCUGGGGAGCGCCCUUACAAAUGUGUCUAUUGCAACAAGGCAUUCACAGCAUCCAGCAUCCUGCGCACUCACAUCCGCCAGCACUCGGGGGAGAAGCCCUUCAAGUGCAAGCACUGCGGCAAAGCCUUCGCCUCACACGCAGCCCAUGACAGCCACGUGCGGCGCACGCACAGCAAGGAGAAGGGCUGCACGUGCCUGGUGUGUGGCCAGCACUUCCCUGAGCAGGAAGAUUACAACUUCCACAUGAAGAUCCACACUGUUCAUUAG